UCUGGAAUGCGUUACGAAGACAAGUUGACCUGAGGCCGAGCUGAGCGAGCUGUGCAGGUUGCAGUUAUUGGAGAACCUGCUUUUUAACAUGAAUGAUAAAUUGUGGCUUUUAUGACCUUUUACAUGUUUGUGGAUAGAGAUUUGACUGAUUAGAUCGUCACCCAGGAUCACUGCGCAGAUUUAUAGAAGGCCUAUUGUACCAGUGACUACCGUACCUACUGACUGGGUUUUACAAUGACUACUACUCAACCCACCAAAAAGCUUACAAAUGACGUCGAUCGAUGCGUUGAUGAAGCGAUAGAAGGACUCAUUGCUAUAACACCGGGUAUCACCAAAUUAGCUGGUCACCGAGUGGUUUUGCGAGAUGAUUUGAAUGAUGUUAAAAAGAGUGGAAAGGUGACGUUACUUUCUGGGGGAGGCUCUGGCCAUGAACCAGCCCAUGCAGGUUAUGUAGGACGUGGAAUGUUGAGUGGUGCUAUCGCUGGAUCUGUGUUUGCUUCACCCCCUACCAGCUCAAUACUAGCAGCUAUACGGGCUGUUGGUACGGAUCAUCCAGCUGGAACAUUAUUGAUUGUCAAGAAUUAUACUGGAGACUGCAUCAACUUUGGAAUCGCCUUGGAGAGGGCCAAAGCGGAGGGCAUUCGAGUAGAGAUGGUAGUGGUCAAGGACGACUGUGCUCUCGCAGGUCAAGAGUUAGAUGAUCGGAGAGGCCUGGCUGGAACUGUCUUUAUUCAUAAGAUGGCAGGUGCAAUGGCUGAAAAUGGUUUAUCAUUGGAUCAAAUAAAACAAACUCUUGAAUCUGCCUGCUCUUCAUUGGGGACUGUCGGAGUGUGUUUGUACCCCUGCAGUGUACCAGGAGCUGGCCCAUCAUUUACUCUUGGUCCACAGGAAUUAGGUCUUGGACUUGGUAUACAUGGAGAAGCAGGGAUCAAACAAAUACAGAUAUCAAGUGCAAAUGAGGUUGUAGCUACCAUGUUGGAUCACAUGAGGGACUCUACAAACAACUGUAGACUGGACUUAAAAACUGGCGAUGAGGUUGCACUUCUAGUAAACAACCUAGGUGGUACAUCAAAUCUUGAGAUGUCCAUUGUAGUUCACUCUGCACUUCAGUAUCUUAAUAAUGCAGGAGUGAAGGUAGAGAGAGUGUACUCUGGUUGCUUCAUGACAUCAUUGGAGAUGGUCGGUAUCUCACUAACUAUCCUCAUCCUUGAUCAGGAUGGAUGCCUUGCUUCGUAUCUUGACCAGCCAACCUCAGCUCCUGCAUGGCCUUCUGUUUGUCAUCGUCAUGGUAACAUAUCACUUGGUAAAGAACUUCAGGUUCCAGAGCAGGAUUCAUCUGUAUCUAGUUCUGUGACAAGCAAAGGAAAGAAAAUGAGUAAUGAGGAGAGUAAACGAAUUAAGGCUGUUUUGAGUCGUGUAUGCAAUAGAUUGAUAGAGAGUGAGAAACUUUUAAAUGAUCUUGAUACGGGCAGCGGAGACGGUGAUUGUGGCUCAACACUCAGAAGGGGUGCAGAAGCAAUGAAGACCUGGAUUGAAAGUGAGGAGCUGACGUCAGUGAGUCAUGUGACUGGUCGCAUGUCUAUCAUAGCAGAGGAGGCAAUGGGAGGAAGCUCAGGAGCUUUCUAUGGGUUGUUCAUGCUAGCGGCUCAACAAGCAUUGGGAGAUCAACCAGGAUUAGGUGAUUGGGUAGAGGCCCUUAGGCAAGGCAUGACAAGCAUCAUGAAGUAUGGUAAAGCAGCAGUUGGAGAUAGAACCAUGCUGGAUCCCCUUGAUGCAGCAUACAAAAUACUGAAGGAAGGUCUCACUCAAAAGUCAGAUUUGAUGCAGACUUUGGGAGAUGCAGUCAAAGCUGCUGAGAAAAGUGCUGAAGCUACAUCCAAGAUGGCCGCCAGAGCCGGAAGAGCAAGAUACAUCAACCCAGAUCUAUUGGGACGGCCUGACCCUGGAGCAAUGGCUGUUGCUAUAUGGCUACAAGCAGUGCACAAUGCUUUGGCAACCAUGUGAUCAGUCUUCCUCCAUAAUGCAGGUUGCAGCUAUCACAUCUCAACAUGCGUGACGGAACAAUCAGAAACUGAACUCUUUUUUUACUGGAGUGCAGAAUAAAAAUGGAAUAUCUUCCAAGAAGCAAAGGACGGGAGACUUCACUCAGGAAAUAUCAUCCGUGCAGCUGGGUUACAUGUAUGGUAGGAAAAUCUUGGAGCGCCUACCUGGGAAGGGGGCAAGUAGACAAGAUACAAAGAAUUACAAACAGUAAACACAUUUUAUCACAUUAACAGAGUCUCUGAAGCACCAAUGUUGCAAACUUUCUGGUCACAGGGCUUUUGUUUGUCCCUUUUCCCAAUUUACGGUAUCUUUGAUGUAUAUUUUUCUAUUAUCUUUUUGUACAUAUUCAUAUCGAAAUUUUACUCUUUACAAUUUUAUGUAAUGCAGCCUUUGGUUAUUAAUUGACUUUUAUUAUAAUAGAGAUAGUUUAUCAAUGUAUCAUACUUAGCAAUAUGAAUAGUCAUGUCUGAAGAAAUGGUCCAAUGUCUAUUGUCCACAAAGUAGAUAAAUCAUGCCAAACAAAAUAACUUUUAGUCAACUCAAGCCCAUUCAUAUGGUGAGGUCUCUUCUAAAUAUGCUAACUGUUUGCAGGGUAUCUACUGUCAAAUAAUCAACAAGGUCAUCAUCAUGCAAUAUCAUUUUGGAUGUCUGUUUAAUGAAGAAAAAUAUCAUAGUCCGCUGAUAAAUCAAUAAUUCAUAAAUCAAAAUAAUAUUGCUGAUUAAAAUCACAGGUGUCUCCUGUUCUGUCGUGGCACAAAAUCAUUCACAAAGGUCAAGAUUCAAGUGCCACUUUGCGAGCUGCCCAAGCGAAUAGCAGAUUACAUAAUCAAAACUAUACUUCUUACAGGAUAAGUGGUCCUCUCUGUACAAUUAGUUAUGUCAUCUCAGGGUGAUAGUAUUCAGGAUUUGAUGGAGCAUUGACUUGUAAAUCUAACUGCCUUGAAUCUGCGUCUCGUUAGAUGUGUGACAUGUAUUUUUAAGUAUGUGUUUUAUUAAGGAAUCUCAAUAUGAUUCAAUCUUCUCGAUAUAUUACGUGAUAAAUACAUAUCGUAAAAAUUACAAAUUUACAAAUGAUUGGCACAGAAAAUCAUAAGAAAAAAAGAUAGCAAAAGUUCCCAAAUGCAUGUACAUACUCUUCCUUCAACUUCUGUAUGCAUGCCUUCCUUAAUUAUUACUUAAGACUUGUACUUAGUGGUGCAAGGGCUGGUUGCAGGGACAAUCAACUUCGAUCAAAUUUUUGAUACAGAGCAAUCCCCAGACACCAAAAUGCUUUCAUUCAAAAGAAAAAAGAACAUGCAUAACUGUAACAGAUUCAUCUGAAUCAAAUAAUCUGCUCACAGUUAAAAAUUUUCAUAGUUUAAUGAUGGCUCCAAUGGACAUCCUGAAAUUGACAACUUUAGCAAAAUUUCAAUGUCAUAGCCAACAACUCUAAUUUCAAAUGCCUAACAUGAUUCUUUCCAAAAUAUUUG